AUGGUGGCGUCGGGGUUCCGCCCGCUGCUCCUGCUGCUCGCGGCCGCCCUGGUCCCGAGAGACACCUGCGCCAGCUCGCAUUCGCUGCGCUAUUUCCUCACGGCCGUGUCCCGGCCUGGCGGGGAGGCCCGCGUGACCGCCGUGGGCUACGUGGACGACACGCAGUUCGUGCGCUUCGACAGCGGCGACGAGGAGCCGCGCGUGGAGCCGCGCGUGCCCUGGGCGGCGCGGGACGGGCCGGAGUUCUGGGACUGGCAGAUGCCCAUGGCCCUGAGCCGAGUGCAGAUCUACCUGGUGAACCUGCGCACCUUGCUCCGCUACUACAACCUGAGCGACCACGGCUCUCACACCAUCCAGUGGCUGUACGGCUGCGACGUGGGUCGGGAUGGGCGCUUUCUCCGCGGCUACAAUCAACACGCCUAUGAUGGGCGAGACUACAUCACCCUGAACGAGGACCUCAACUUCUGGGUCGCUGCGGACACAGCUGCUCAGAUCACCCGGCGCAAGUGGGAGGAGGCCGGCGAGGCCGAGUGGUGGAGCGCCUACCUAAAGGAAGACUGUGUGCGGUGGCUCCACACAUACCUGAGGAAAGGGAAGGAGACUCUGCACCCGGAACCCCCAAAGGCACACGUGGCCCACCACCCGAGACCUGAAGGGGGCAUCACCCUGAAGUGCUGGGCCUUGGACUUCUACCCUUCGGAGAUCACCCUGACCUGGCAGCGGGAUGGAGAGGAACUGACCCAGGACAUGGAGCUUGUGGAGACCAGGCCAACAGACAAUAGAACCUUCCAGAAGUGGGCAGCUGUGGUGGUGCCUUCAGGAGAAGAGCAGAGAUUCACAUGCCAUGUGCAGCAUGAGGGGCUGCGUGAGCCUCUAGUACUGAGAUGGGAGCCAUUUCUGCCCACUGUCCUGAUCAUAGCAACAAUCACUGUCGUCCUGCUCCUUGUUAUUGGAGCUGUGGUGUGGAGGAAGUGGAGGGAAAACACAGGUAGAAACAGAAGAAAUUAUGUUCAGACUCCAAGCAUUGACAGUGCCUAGAACUUUGAUGUGUCUCUCAGUUUGUUAAAGCAUGAGACAGCUGCCACAGGGGACGGAGUGACAGAAGAUGGGCUCACAUCUCUCCUGGUGACUCAGAAACACUGACUUGUCGUUUGGCAAUGUUGUUGAAUAUAUUUGAAUCCUGUGGGUACCCUGUGAAGAACUGGGGAGACCAGCCUCUCGUGCCAAGCAGGAUGCUAUGCCUGCACUGUUCUGUGCCACCAUCUAUGACCCCCUCCUGUUGUACCAUGAGCUACUGAAAAUGAGAACCUGAAUGUGAAUUUGUUUCAAAUCCUUCAUGUGAGAGGUUAGUGGGUUAAGGAGACAGUUUCUAAUGUUUCCUGGAGGAAAUAAAUGGUGGUUGAAAACCUU